GCUGUCCGCCUCAGUCGGUGCUGAAGUGUUUUCUCCGGAGCUUCUCCCUCCUCUUCGCCGACACACGCACGAUGGAGGAAGAGUUAAAAUGUCCCGUGUGCGGUUCCCUGUUCCGGGAGCCCGUCCUGCUGCCGUGCUCCCACAACGUGUGCCUGGCCUGCGCCCGCAACAUCACGGUGCAGACCCCGGAGGGAGAGACCCCGGUGCAGAGCCGAGCCUCGGGCAGCUCGGACUACGACUACCUGGACAUGGACAAGAUGAGUCUGUACAGUGAGACCGACAGCGGGUACGGGUCCUACACCCCGUGUCAGCUCAAGUCCCCCAACGGGGUGCGGGUGUUUCCCCCGUCCGCCGCCCACCGGCACUGCUCGCUCACCUGCCCGCUGUGCCACCGGAGCGUGUCCCUGGACGAGCGGGGGCUCCGGGGCUUCCCUCGGAACCGGCUGCUGGAGGCCAUCGUGGCGCGGUACCAGCAGAACCGCGCCGCCGCCGCCGCAGCCGCCGCCGCCUCCUCCUCCUCCACGGCGGUGAAGUGUCAGCUGUGCGACCGCAACCCGGCGGACGCGGCGGUGAUGUGCGAGCAGUGCGACGUCUUCUACUGUCACUCCUGCCAGCAGCGGUGCCACCCAUCCCGGGGUCCGCUGGCCAAGCACCGCCUGGUGCCGCCGCGGAACCCAGCGGCAGGUGGUGGUGCGGCAGGCGGAGGAGGAGGAGGAGGAACCGGGGGUCAGCAGCCGCCCGCCACCGCGCGGAAACCGGCGACCUGCGUGGACCACGAAGCGGAAAACUUCAGCAUGUUCUGCUGCAGCUGCAAAGCUCCGGUGUGCGUCAAGUGUCUGGAGGAAGGGAAACACAACAAGCACGAUGUCAAACCACUGGCGGUGAUGUGGAAGCAACACAAGUGUCAGAUUUCUCAGGCCCUGAACGGAGUCUCUGAAAAGGCUAAAGAUGCAAAGGAGUUCCUGGUCCAGCUGAAGAACAUGCUCCAGCAGAUCCAGGAGGGGGGGGUGGAGUUCGAGGCGUGCCUCGUGGCUCAGUGCGACUCGCUGAUCGAGGCGCUGACCAGACAGAAAGCCAAACUGCUCACCAAGGUCACCAAGGAGAAGGAGUACAAGCUGAAGGUGGUGCGUGACCAGAUCACCCACUGCACCAUGAAGCUCCGUCAGACCACAGGCAUGAUGGAGUUCUGUCUGGAGGUCCUGAAAGAGAACGACCCCAGUGGAUUCCUGCAGAUCUCAGACCCCCUGAUCAAGCGGGUGACGUCGUCCCAGGACCAGUGGGUGAAAGGGGCCCUGGAGCCAAAGGUCGGCCCCGACUUCGACCUCACCCUCAACACCGACUCGCUGAUGCAGACCAUCCUGCAGCUGGACUUCUGCCAGGGCAACGAUGUGCAGGAGAAUCCGUUAUUGAAACAAAUGCAGGCCGCAGACAGUGGUGAGGCUGAGAUGGAGGCCGAGAGCCCCGGAGCUGAGUCUGGGACUUCUGUGCCGGUGGCGCCGCUCCUGCAGCUGGAGAAGUGCUGCACCAGGAACAACAGCGCCACGCUGGCCUGGAGGGUGACAGCGCCCCCUGGAAGCCCCAUCGAGGGCUACAUCCUGGAGUUGGACGACGGCAACGGAGGACAGUACAGGGAGGUUUAUGUGGGGAAGGAGACAGUGUGCACGGUGGACGGCCUCCAUUUCAACAGCUCCUACAACGCCAGGGUGAAGGCCUACAAUGCCGUCGGUUUGGGGCCGUACAGCAAGACAGUUGUGCUGAGGACCUCUGAUGUGGCCUGGUUCACCUUUGACCCGUCCUCAGCUCACAGGGACAUAGUUCUGACCAACGAGAACCUCACCGUCUCCUGUAACAGCUACGAUGACCGCGUGGUGCUGGGGACCGCUGCGUUCUCGAAGGGCAUCCACUACUGGGAGGUCAGCGUCGAUCGCUAUGACAACCACCCGGACCCGGCGUUCGGCGUGGCGAGGAUCAACACCAUGAAAGACAUGAUGCUGGGGAAGGACGACAAGGCGUGGGCCAUGUACGUGGACAACAACCGCUCCUGGUUCAUGCACAACAACUCCCACACCAACAGGGCGGAGGGCGGCAUCGCUAAGGGCUCGACCGUGGGCGUCCUGCUGGAUCUGAACAAACACACUCUGACCUUCUUCGUCAACAAGGAGCAGCACGGGCCGACCGCCUUCGCCAACCUGGAGGGCGUCUUCGUGCCGGCGGUCAGCCUCAACAGAAACGUACAGGUGACCUUACUCACGGGCCUGGACAUUCCAAAGAAUAUCAAACAGUAGGAGCUCCCUCUCCUCUCUGCGCGUGCUCUGGAUACAAACACACAAAGUCGUACGCAGCCGCGGUUCGCUCCCCACAUGGACGUUUUUCCAGUAACGUCAGCUGGGACUUCAACUCCUCUCCCAUCAAGGUGCCCUUUAUCUCGGAUACACUUCAGCGUCCGAUCAUUUGGGACAAAGGAACAAAUCUGAGUAACUAUUGGCUAUAAAUACAGUGAUUGACGCUUGUGGACGGACGGAGAACACGACUGGAUUUACUGUGGAUCGUCACACUCUUUUCAUGUCCCAUGGUUUUCCUCUGUGACCUCCAGGACUCAUGUGUGUUCAUAUUCUAGCUGCUAUCGUUCCAGUGAUUUCCACCGGAAGGAGCCUGAAGUUUCUCCUGGAGGCCGGAGACCAAACGAUAUCGACCCUCUCGCUCCCACCGACGUCUACACUGUGCAGUCAAAUCAUUUUCUACUGAAAAAGGCAUUAAAAGAAAUAUACAACGCACCAAAUCACCGAUAAAACGUUGAACCAUAAUGUUUCAGGAAAUUCCAGAGCGACUUUCAGGAGAUGAUAAAUGAGGGAGAACAGAUCGAGCGGGGAUUCUCUCUCAGGUGUGUUUUACAGCCUGCGAGUUCAAACGAGACGAUCUCCCUGAGUUACAGUUGCAUUGUGGG